AGGAGUAGUUACAGCGGGUAGUAGCUGCCCUUCCUGUCUGUCCUUCCCGCUUCUCUACUUAAAGCGCACUUCACUCGAUCCAGAGCAUACCGCACCGACCGACUGGUACAUCUCCCUUCACGUGAGUGGAGAGUGCAGAGUGACAGCUAGCUAGCUAGCGCCAAUAUGGCGCAACUGGUGCCUGAAUUCAUCUCCCUCUUCCUCCUCAUCCUCCUGGCCUCCGCACCAGCCGCCACGGCCUCCAGCAGCCCCACGCUGGUGUUCCUCCUGGCGGGGCAGUCCAACAUGGGCGGCCGCGGCGGCGCCACCAACGGCACCUGGGACGGCGUCGUGCCGCCCGACUGCGCCCCGUCCCCGCGCAUCCUCCGCCUCUCCCCGUCUCUGCGCUGGGAGGAGGCCCGGGAGCCGCUGCACGCCGGCAUCGACCUGCACAACGUCCUCGGGGUCGGACCCGGGAUGCCCUUCGCGCACGCGCUCCUGCGCCGCCACGGCCGCGUCCCGCCGCACGCCGUCGUGGGGCUCGUCCCCUGCGCGCAGGGCGCCACGCCCAUCGCCAGCUGGUCCCGCGGCACGCCGCUGUACGACCGCAUGCUCAAGCGCGCAAGGGCCGCCCUCGCCAACAACAACAACAACAACAACAACAACAACAACAAUGCUGGAUCUUCCAGGCUCGCCGCGCUUCUGUGGUACCAGGGCGAGGCCGACACCAUCAGGCGCCAGGACGCCGACGUCUACACGUCCCGCAUGGAGGCCUUCGUCCGCGACGUCCGCCGGGACCUCGGCAUGCCCGACCUGCUCGUCAUCCAGGUCGGCCUCGCCACGGGCCAGGGCAAGUUCGUCGACAUCGUCAGGGAAGCGCAGAGGAGGGUCAGCCUCCACAACGUCAAAUACGUGGACGCCAAGGGCCUGCCCGUCGCCAGCGACUACACGCACCUUACCACGCCGGCACAGGUGCAGCUCGGCAAGAUGCUCGCCGCCUCCUACCUGGCACCCACGCUCUGACUCACUUCUGCUUCUUCAUUCUCAUUCUACAAUUGCGAUUCCGUAACACAAAUGUUUUUGUUACAGCGCAGUACCCAUUAACCGCGUUGUACUGUGUACGUACGGGAUUAUUAAUCAACCCAGUAUUAACUGUUCAUUUCUGCCCAAUCGAUGCUCUUCGUUCAUGUU